AUGGUUGACAAAUACGACCCCCGUUUCCCCGGUCGUGUCAUCAAGCAGGAGAACAAUAAUGACGGUGAUGAGAGCGUCUACGCGUCGACUGACGAUGGCUUUAAUGAUGACAAAAGCGACGCCGGAAGCCCACCCGCCCCUGCUCGUCCGAUCCUUCCCCAGUCAAACUCGGAGAAGCUCAUUGAUUUCGGCGACGACUUCGAUGACCCCGAGGAUGUGGAAGCUACUGUCUCUGACACCAAGCAUGCCCAGACGAUCACGAGUGUCGCUGUCAUUAAGCAGGGCGAUUCCCAAGAGACCGCGAUUCCGCCUCGUGAGAACAGACUUUCCCCGAUCGAGCCUUUCGUUCCUGGUCGCAAGCCUUUGAACCCAUCCUCGGCCGAGUUUACUCCCAGCAGCACGAAUCGAGACCAUUUGUCGUCGAACCAGUCGUUCUCGUCCUACUCAGAUGCUCGCCGAAGCUUGGACACGGGAGAUGACCUCCAUGCUAUGAAGUCUCGCCUCAGCCGGCUCGAGGCCGAUUACGAAGCCCUCAAAAGCGAGAAUGAGAGCCUCGAAUAUGUCAACGAAUCGCUAAAGCAUCAAGCGAACUUGGACCAGGCCACAAUCACCAAUCUCAAAGACGAUAUCAAGGAGGCCAAUCUUCUCAGAUGCAGAGCGCAGACUUACUCUGUCGAACAGAAUGAGCGAAACAACAAGGAUCAGGAAGCACUGAGCAGACUCCAAGACGAUCUCGACCAUAGCCAAGAGCAGCUCACAGAAUACAAGGCGAAGUAUGCCGGAGCGGUCGCAAACAAUGCACCUCUCGUUGCUCAGCUCCAGGCCAUGCAGAACUGCCUUCUCAACGCCGUUGAGCGGGCCAAAAUGUACGAAGCUUUCAUGCGCUCCUUUAUCACUUAUCACCCAGAGGUUAUAGAAGCUUUCGCAGCCAUUGGAGUCUCUCCUGAUGACGGCGCAACCACGAAGCCCGGUCUCCCGACGGUUCUUGGCAUCAAUGACGAGCCUUUGAUAUCAUUCGAGGACCAUUUUCCAGCUCUCCAGACACCUUCCAAGCCCCAGAACGUUAAUCGAGCCAACCAGGCAACUUCUCCGAAGCCCGAGUUCCCCUACACCUUCAAGGAAGCCCUCGUCACGCCCGACUCUGUGGCCGAAAAGCAGCACCCUACUCCCCUCAUUGCACACCUUGAUGACCAGAACAUCGAGACUGCAACUCGCCCGGCCGAUAAUGAGAUUGGUCUCCACUGGAGUGAUGGAAGCGAUAACAUCUGGGACAGUCCAUUCCAGAAGGACCGCGCGCUGCAGACACACCAGCGUACCGUUGGAAGUCGUCACCCUUCAGCGGUGCCGGGUAUGUUGAAAUACGGCCUUCGGUAUAUACGAAAUGAGGCUGGUCAGAAGCUAACCGCCGACAAUGGCGUAUCAGAUGUGUCUUCCAGAACGAUCAUCAUGACUGGACUUCCCGACGAGGUUCACGUCCAGCGCGUCCUUGAGCACAUCCGAGGCGGUCGAAUUCUCAAGGCCCACGCGAUGCCGAUGGGAACUAGUGAUAAUCGCUUCAACCAUGCGUACAUUGAAUUCACCUCUCCGGAGGAUGCUAAGGCGUUUUACCAAUACGGCCUGGACCGCGGUCGCGAAAUCGGAUUUACCACGGCUGAUGGUAACUCGGUUCAAGUCCGCAUCAGCAUGCCCAACACGGACUCAUUUCCCCUCAAGGACUCGAUUCUCACCAUGAUUCGCGAGGGAAGUACUCGUUGCCUGGCCGUCACCGGAUUUCCCGUCAAGGAUCUGCACAUGGUUCUCAAGAGAGCUGGGCUGGCGUCCACCUUCGCUGAAGUCAUCACGCACUUUGCGUACGCCGACGAGAAAAGCUUUCAGAUCUCAUUCUCCAGCAUCGAGUCAGCUGUGCUUGUUCGUAAGUGCAUCAUUGGAUCCCCUCUUCACAGCGGUUCGCCCGAGGGGCACGAUGUCAUCUUCUGCCCGGACCCGUGCGAUGCCUCGCUCGAUGAUCUUCUCCAGAUUAGACACCUCCCUACAUCCCGCUCGUUCAAUACCGAUGUCAUCUCCGCAGAGAACACUCGCGGCUUCCAGACCAAAGAAGAGGCCGAGGCCGAGGAUCAGCGCUAUCAAGAGGCAUGGCUUGCGAAUGCCCACUCAAAUGAUCCGGAGGAAGAGGCAGAGUUCGAUGCAUUCCGAGAGAGGCAGAAGCCCAUUACUUGGGAGAAAGGCGCAAACUGGGACGAGGCCGUUGAGUACAUGGCUUAUGACCCUGAUCAGAGAAAAGAGGUUCGUCACCGCAAAGAUUCCAAAUCAGGUGCCUUUCAAAUGUGGUAUUCUGCUGGCUGGGCCUACACCACAGAGCAGUCGCAAAAGGAAUGGCUGCACUAUAACAUCGACAGCACUGACCCUUAUACCCAGCAGACUGCGGACUUGAUAUACCAGAGCACUGGCGCGAUUGAUCAACGAAAGGUGAAUGCCUAUCUUCGGACCAAGAACAAGAAGCAACAUGAGCAAGACCAUGACGCUAACCAAGACGCCAACAGCAACAGCAAAUCAUCGUUGAUGACGGCGGAGUCGAUGGAGACGCAGACCAGUCUCUGA